AAUUGUGCCUUCAAGUUCACACCUUUUCAACAAAAGAUCAGCACUUCACACACAUCCCAACAACAACUCCACAAAGUGCACCGCUUGCACCGCAUCACACAAGAUAAAAGUCAAGCAAGAUGGCGGAAGACGAUAAUAAUAAUACGAAACGCAAAGAGCCCGACGACGAUGAGAUUCAAAAGCUGCUGUCGUUGCGAAACAUUCCGAGUGAUAUUGCUGAUCUGACGGCAUUGACAAAGUUGGAUUUGCCCGAUUGCAAGUUGACAUCGUUGCCAUCCUCCCUGCCCGAUGCGCUCCCCAAUCUGAGCAUCCUCUUCUUGUCCAAAAAUGAGUUCACCGAGGUUCCACCCGUCAUUGGAGCCUGCAAGAAUCUACAGAUGGUAGCGUUCAAGGGUAACAAGCUGAAAUCCAUCCACCCAGAUGCUCUACAACCUCAAAUGAGAUGGUUAAUUCUCACGGAUAAUCAAAUAGAAUUCCUACCCGAUACCAUUGGUAGGUGCACAAAGCUGCAAAAGUUCAUGCUUUCCGGAAAUCACUUGACCCAACUACCAGAUGCCAUUUCCAAGUGCACCAAUCUGGAACUGAUCCGACUCUCGUCCAAUCGUCUCGAAAAGCCACCCAUGAAACUAUUGGAAUUGCCAAAUCUAUGUUGGGUAGCUGUAUCUGGAAAUCCAUUCAUUCAAAAUGCCCCUCUCGCUGCGGAAGCCAUGAAACUCAAACUACCCACCAUUGACGAUAUCCCGGAAGGAGAGGGAGAAGUGCUGGGAAAGGGCGCGGGCGGUAUCACUCGCAAAGUGACCCGAAGCAGCAACAACCAGGUUGUAGCGGUCAAAACAUAUGUCGGUGCCAUGACGUCCGAUGGUAGCCCCGAAGAAGAACGACGCAUGGCAUUGACCGUUGCCAAUAAAGUUCCCGACAAUGACUUUCUCAUUGCAUUACGCGGAGAAACAAAAGAAUCGGGAUCCUUGGUCAUGGAAUACCUCGACAAUUAUCAUGCGCUGGCGGGUCCUCCCAGUUUGGAAUCCUGCUCGCGAGAUGUCUACUCUUGCCCUCACGACUACAUGGCCGAAACACAGGCCGUGUCCAUGGUGACGGGGCUCUUCGAUGUGCUGACCCAAUUGCAUGCGCAUGGGAUUUGUCAUGGAGAUUUUUAUGCACACAACAUUCUCGUUUGCAAGGAUGAUCGAAACAAGGUCAAGUUGAGCGAUUUUGGGGCGGCCUUUUUCUACGACAGUACCGCAGACUAUGGCAGAAUGCUGCAGCGAACCGAAUUGCGAGCAUUUGGUCAUUUUGCGAAGGAGGUGCAAGAACUCUUUGUCAAAAGUGACGAGAAGGACAAGCUGGAAAAGCUCGUACAGGCCUGUCGGGAAGACUCGGCCAGCUUUGCACAAGUCAACAAACUAUGGAAGGAACUUUUAAACUAAUUAUUCUAGAACCAUU